GACACUCGCUAGGAGAUCCGUGGAGCGGAGGGGGGAGACGAAAGAACUUAGCCCAGGAUAAGAGAUCCCGGGGUGGAAUCAGAAGCUCCGGACCCGGAGACUGAAUGAUGGUGCCACGUGUUUUUGACCCAAAAGAUCGGCGGAGGAGAAGAAGGAGCAGCAGCAGCAACAACAGCAGCGAUCUUGGCGUGUGCUCAUUGCAAGGCUGCCUUUGCUAAUCCCGCGCGACUUUCGCCGAUUCUCCGGAGGGGCGAGCCGGGGGAGGGAGGGGGUUCUCCCCUCUAAGCCGCCAGCGGAGAUUGAGCUACUUGGCGGCGAUGGACGGUCGGGACUGACACGCUGCGAGAGAGCGUGGCGGCUUGGGAAAGGCGACCCCUUGGGAAAGGAAGGGGGAGGGAGCUUAAAAGAGAAAUGACAGGGCGAAAACCCGGCAGUCCCAGAACCAUCCCAAUAAAUUACGAGGGGUUGGAGUUUUGUUUUCUUUUUUUCUUGAAAGAGGUUGAGUCGGCACCAGACAUGUAAAAUAGCCUUAAUUACUGUUUUUCGACCUCACGUUGGUGGCGAAGAUGGAUUUCCUAGACGGAGUCACGCAACAUAAAAGCUUAACGCUGAUCGUAUUCCUGGAGUAUAUUAUUUUUGCCCAGCUUGGAGCAGGUUCAACGAAGCCACGAGCUUUCCGUUGUGAUGGGCAUUCCUGCAAUCCUGCGGUGGGAAAUCUAGCAACAGGCAGGACACCAACGACACUUACCACAUGUGGACAGAACAGCACAGAACUCUACUGCUUUUAUCCAGAGCACAACCUGUACCAUGGCUCUUGCGGAUUGCCCAAGUGUACCAAAUGCAAUGCCAACCAGCCUAAUAACUCUCAUCUUCCUGAUGAAAUGACUGAUGACUUCUUCCUGCAUCCUGGUUCCUGGUGGCAGUCCGCACAAGGGGUGCACAGGGAAGAAAUCAGGCUGGAUCUGGAAACAGAGUUCUACCUGACCCAUGUCAUUGUAGUCUUCAAGUCACCCCGCCCAGCAGCCAUGAUACUGGAAAGAUCCCAGAACUAUGGGCAGACCUGGAGACCUUACAAAUAUUUUGCUGUCAAUUGCACAGCUACAUUUGGGCUUCCAGAUGAUAGCACCGAAGAGGGAUCUCUCUGUACUUCCAGAUAUUCUGAUGCAGUGCCUUGCACCAGAGGAGAGGUGAUCUUCCGUGCUUUAACGCCUACUAACAAGAUUGAAGAUCCAUACAGUCCUGAAGCACAAGCUGUCUUGAAGCUCACUAAUUUGCGGCUCCUUUUAUUAAAGAGGCAAGAGUGUCCUUGCCAAGGCUCAGGAGUACUGGAGAAACCACACAGAUUUGCCCAUUAUGCCAUCUAUGACCUAAUUGUCCGUGGCAGUUGCUUCUGUAACGGCCAUGCAGAAGAAUGUCAGUUUGCCAAUGGCCCAGGUGUUGGCAGCAAUAUGAUCCAUGGGAAGUGCAUUUGCAGACAUAACACUGCAGGACACCAUUGUGAGAAGUGUGCGCCAUUAUACAAUGACCAGCCAUGGGAGCCGGGCGAUGGAAAAACUGGGGCAGCAAAUGAAUGCAGAAAGUGCCGCUGUCACCAUCGUGCAGAUAGCUGCCAUUUUGACCAGAAGGUCUGGCUGGCCUCUGGGAAGAAGAGUGGUGGGAUCUGCGAUAACUGCAAACACAACACUGAAGGUUUCCGGUGUCAAAGGUGUAAGCCUGGUUUUUACCGAGAUAGAGCCAAACCUAUAACUUCUCCAGACAUUUGCAAAGCCUGCUCCUGCCAUCCCAUGGGCUCAUUGAACAUAACUCUGAACCAAGCCCAGAAAUGCCAUCCAAAGACAGGCUUCUGCUACUGCAAGCCAGGUGUCACAGGACCCCAAUGCGACAGGUGUCUGUUGGGGUAUUGGGGCUUUGGAGAAAAUGGCUGCCAACCCUGUGCCUGUGCUAGAGACUGUAACAAGCAUACUGGAGAAUGUCUCCACAGUUAUGACAAUUCGGCUUUUUUAAAUAUUCCUAUUGGUGGGAGGAUCCCUCACUUCCUCCAUACCCCAGCCAACGAAAGUGAAAAUGAAUGGCAGUGGAGUGAUCACAAGCAGGGUUUUUCAGCCUUGAGACAUCCAGAAAAGUGUGUGUGCAAAGAGAGGAUCCUUGGAAGCGUCAGCAAUUUUUGUCAAAUGAAAUACGCCUACGUUUUAAGAGCAAAAGUUCUAUCUGCUCAUGACAAAGGAACCCAUGCUGAAGUAAUAGUGAAGAUAAAGAAGGUUCUGAAAUCAGGCAAAGUAAAAAUCACCAGGAAUAACCGAAGCAUAUAUCCAGAUUCCUGGACCAACCGUGGGUGUACGUGUCCUAUUCUUAAUCCUGGUGUAGACUACUUAAUAGCAGGACAAGAAGAUGCACAAACGAACAGACUCCUUGUGAACAUGAACAGUCUGGUGAAGCCCUGGAAAGCUCACUGGGGGAAGUUUGUUGCAGAUAUACUACGAACUGGAUGCAAAUAAUGUAUUUUUUUUUCAAGUCAAGUCACCAAUUUGUACACUUUCAUAAUAUGGCAGUGAAAGCUUAGUUCUCUAAUGGCUAAUCAUAACUUUUAUAAUUAAGGAGAAUUUAAAAGCAAACUCUCUUUCAUUAAGUGCUUUAGGCAGAAAUCUUGUUCCAGUACUUCUUUUGCCCAAGACAACAAUCCCCUCUUUUACACAUUUGUUAAAAAAAAUGUAAAGACUGCUGAAUUAACCUCAUGUACUUAGGCUCAUAGCCUGGCAUAUAGUUUGCUUUAUGAUUACAGUAUCUAGAGCUUUCAAACCCACCAAUACAUAUACUUGUAACCGAGGCCAAUAUUAUAUUAGGCUAUUGAUGAACAAUCAGUACUAACAGAAAACUAGAACUCCUGCACUAUUUAUUUUUCUGGAGCUGGAUUUUUUUUUUUUUUACAGUAACUAUGAAGGAAGAGGAAAAAUUUGCUAAGUUACAGGGCUACAAAACAUCAUUAGUUGGCCUAUCAGAUGAGUCUUGCUUUUUUUGAGAGGCCUGUUUUAAAAGCUGUUAUUUUAAGGUAGCCUUCAUAGCUUUCAGGUUCUUCAAUGUCUUAUGUGUUCUAUUGAAAUUUGCACUGGAAUUGAAAAGAUAUUGUAGAUGUAAAGUGUCUUUGUGUCUACUUCAUCGGAGAAGCAAACAGCAAAGUUAUUGGGAAUUUGAAAGGCAGCCGGAAAGGACUUGGAACUGCAGGAUUCUGGGAAGUGGAGGUCCCAGUUCCUGCUGUAGGUGUCCCCCUAAACUUCCUGAUAAAAUUCAUGGGAAAAGAAGAUGACUGGCAAUCCUCACAUUAGAAUAAAAAUAGCUGACUAUGCAAAAUUUGAUUACUACCAGAUUCCAAAGAUUUGUUUUCUAUAGUGUAAUUCCCACAAUGCAAGGGUCCAGAGAGUUCUGGUUUUCAAGCCUGGUCAUUUUCACCAGGUUUCCAGCCUGGUCUCACCAACAGUCUUCUCCUGUUUUGUCCUGCAUUUAGCAUCCAUUGCAUCAAAACAAAUUCAGAAAGACCAUUGCUAUGGAGGACUUUAGGAGCCUACCAAGUUCUCUUAGGAAAACAAAUGAGGCAAGAAUUCAAGAGUUUUGUACAUCAGCAGAAGUAUUGGAAUUUGCUUUGGGGUUAGCAGAUUUGCGACUGGAUUGAAUAUAAGACAUACCAAAUUGUUGAUUUAAAGACUAGCUGCCUCUUCAAACCAGACACAUGGUCCUUUUUUGUUUUCUAAGUUAAUAUUUGAUGUUCAAUUUCCGUUGUGCUCAUUUCAUCUAGAAUGCUCCAUAUCACCACUUUGUAGCUUUAGUCACUUGCCUUCUUCAUGCUGGAUGCGUAUUGAAGACAUGUCAAAGAACAGAUGUUUCUAUUCAUAUUUAUUAUUUACUAUUAGCCAAGGUUCUUCUAAGAAGCAGUGCUCCAAGGCAGAUACAGAUGAACACCACUAACAUUGCUGCCCUUUGCUCAAGCAGAGACAAGUCAGAAAAGUACAAUCUGUGCUGCAGAAGAAUGAGAGUGACUCCCUAGCAAUAAUUUGUACUUCAUGAAUGUCAUAGUUGUGGUUUGAGACAUUAGAUACCAAUGUUGAGUAAAGAAGUCUUCAAUCCUAAAACAGCCAUUAAAUCCAGACAUUUCCAUAUAACUUGUGCUGGCGUAUGAUUGAUGUACAUUGUUUAUACCAUUUCUUGUUCCUUUUGAAAGGCACUAAAGUGUUUGCACUAAAAAAAAUAAUCUCUCCUAAAAUAUGGGCAAUAAAUUAACGGAAGAUAAAGUCUAAUUUUGAAUAUAUAGUUAAUGUCUUUUACUUAAGCUUUGGCCAAGGCGUUAUAAAUCUUACUGCCCUUUUAAUAUAGAAUCUGUUAUGCAUGUCAAUUAAUUUAUGGACACAGGGCUUUUAUUUAGUUCAUCACAGUUUCAGUUAAAAUGCUAAAAUCAUUUUGGACACAUUGUAUAAACUAUAUGUUUAUAUUAUACUGUCUGCAUUUUUUUCAUA